ACUCGAUUAUGUCCCGUUCUGUGCUACACAGCCGCUCGGUGUCGCCAGAGAUCAGAUUUUUGCCAGUUGAAUGUCCAGCAGUGCGUUAACCUGUUGCCAAAUGUGUUGUCCGAAGGUCAUUAAACACAACCCGUACAACCAAAAAAUCUGUUCCCAUGGACAUAUCGGUAGUAAAUGCUCUUCCUUAUGAAGAUUUUGUAAGUAUUUUCGGUAAUGUCGUGGAGAAAUGUCCUCUUAUAACAGCCGCUGUGUGGACCCGUCGUCCCUUUACGAGCUUAAAUGCUUUAGAAGCUGCGAUUAAUGAAUUCAUCGAUGCUCUCCCAGAGUCGGGUAAGGAGGGGAUCCUCAGGUGUCACCCGGACCUCGCGGGCAAGCAUCUCCACAGCGGUGCAUUGACCCGGGAGUCCCAGGAAGAGCAGACCCGGGUCGGGAUGGACGCGCUGAGCUCGGCGGAGGCCUCGCAGAUGGCGCUGCUGAACGCGGAGUACAAGGGGCGCUUCGGCUUCCCGUUUGUCAUCUGCGCGCGGAUGAAUGACAAGGUGACCAUCUUGCGCGAGCUCUCUGAGCGCUGCCGGAACGAGCGCGCGGCGGAAAGGGCGCGCGGCAUUGGGGAGGUGAAGAAGAUCUGCCGCUUGCGUCUCCAAGGUCUCAUGCUCUCUGACGCAACAAACAAGUUAUAAAGCCUAUAGAUCUCUGUUCCAGUUUGACCACAUUUAACAGGGAGCUGCAAUACUUCAGUACUUGUAUAUGUUUUUAUUUCAAAGUUAGCAUAUACACUUUUAAACAGUGUAAUUAAUAAAGCAUGUGAUUUAAACAUA